AUCCGUCAGCCAUUCGUAGCGGGCACCACUGCAAGUCGAGUGGCGAAUUCAAAGCGAAAUUAAUUGAAUGUAACUAAAAAAAUCCGAGGAAAGGUUUGGAGGAGCAAAAUAAUGGUCAUGGCUGAUAAAAACAAUGAAGAAUCUCGCAAUGGGAGAAGAUCGAGGGGAGCUAGCCCGCAUUCAGAUGAUAGCAGUGACGAAUCGGAUCAGGACAAUGGGAUGCGAGUAGGACAGGAAUAUCAAGCAGAAAUACCUGAAUAUUGUCCAGAUUCAAAAUAUUACUCGAGUGAUGAUGAUGAUUCGAAAAUGAAAGGUGAUGAUGAUGGAAGAAGGAAAGAUCCUUCUCUUCCCCGAAAGCCGUGGUUAGUGUGGACUCCUAGUACAACUAUCUCAGAAGCAAAAGUUGAUGAAUAUACUAUUAUUGCUAAAGAGAAGCAUGGGUAUAAUACAGAACAGGCAUUAGGACUGUUAUAUUUUCAUAAACAUAAUGUAGAGAAGGCUUUAAAAGAUUUGGGUAAUUUUCUGCCAUUACCUGAUGACUGGACUGUAGAGGAUAAAGUUUUAUUUGAACAAGCUUUUAGUUUUCAUGGUAAAAGUUUUCACAGAAUAAGACAAAUGUUGCCAGAUAAAUCGAUUGCUAGUCUAGUUAAAUAUUAUUAUUCCUGGAAGAAAACCCGAUCUCGUACUAGUGUAAUGGAUAAACAUGCUAGAAAACAUGCGCAUCCCAGAGAUGAUGAUAGUGAUGGUGGAUCUGAAGAUGGAAGUGAAAAUUCUGACAGUGAACAUGAGGCAAAAGAAAAUGGGAAAGAUGACAAGAAGUCGUGUUGUAACUGUGGUUUAACAACAGCACAUAUACAUGUUACACCUAAAGGUUCUAUGUGUAAUGGCUGUAAUCUGUACUGGAGGCGACAUGGGGCGAUGAAACCAGCUAAUUUACGGCGUCACGAAUCUCAGUCACACAAUCGUCACACCCCUAUAAAACAUAAACGCCGUCCACCUCGAGGGAUGUAUUUAAACCAAGAAGAUAUUAUGGCGAUGGUGUCGGGUCCUCCCGGUCAACCUGAAAGUCUGUUGAAGUCUCUAGAUGCUGAACUGGUCUCACUAAAACAACAGGUACAGAAGAAUAAACAGAUGAUAAGUUUACAGAAACAGAAGACAGCUUGUGGUAUAGAUAAUGUCAGACCGCCAGAGGGAAAUACAAGAAUAAAUGCAAGAUGGACGACAGAAGAAUUAUUACUGGCUGUACAAGGAGUACGAAGAUAUGGAAAAGAUUUUAAAGCUAUUGCUGAAGUUAUUGGCAAUAAAACUGAGGCUCAUUUACGAAGUUUCUUUGUCAACUUUCGACGGCGCUAUAAUUUGGAUGAAGUCUUGGCCGAGUAUGAAGCAGAACAUGGAACAGAUGAUGUGAAAGAAGAAGAAGAAGAAGAAGAAAAAGAAACUAUUAAGAUGGAAGUAGAUAAAUCACCUGAGAAUAAUAAUACAGCAUCCCAUCCGCCUCCUCUAGCACAGAAUAACGGAAUUACAGCUGUUCCCCCACCUUUACUAAAACAACCACCAGCACGAACCAACACAAAUACCUCACGAUUGAUGCCACAGAAACCCACUCUACAGCAACCACCCCCUUUAAUCCGACCAAAUCCUUCUGUUCCUGUUACUGUUAAAGAUUGAAAAAAAAAACAACCUUUGUCUUAUAAAAUAUCCAAUAACAAGGUUCAAGGACAAUAGUCCUCAACCCUUCCAUCACAUUUAAAGAUUGAAAAAAAACAAAUCUAAACAUCUUAAAAAUUAUCUUAAUACAGGGUUGAAGGAUAUUACUCCUCCUCAAGGCUGGUGUUCCACAAUUUGUGAUUUUGUCCUGUGACUGGAUGUGCUAAUACAUGUAUGUGUAUUUUAAGGUUUUUGUCUGUAUUCCAGUAAAAAUGACCAGUUAUUUUUUGAAGAAAAAAAUAUGUGUAUGUAUCUUUGUGAGGAAUUUUUACUUAAAUGUAUGCAUAUUCUUCAUUUAAUUAUUCUUGUGGAGUAUUCAUAUCAUAUUCUGCAUUUAUAUAUUUUUGUAGAGUUUGCCUACCAUAUUCUUCAUUUAAUUAUUCUUGUGGAGUUUGCAUACCACAUUCUGCAUUUAUAUAUUUUUGUGGAGUUUGCGUACCAUAUUCUUCAUUUGAUUAUUUUUGUGAAGUUUGCAUACCAUAUUCUGCAUUUAUAUAUUUUUGUGGAGUUUGCAUACCAUAAUCUUCACAAUUAAGGUCAUUAUUACAUUGCUUGUAAAAUAUCAUUUCAUUUUGUAAAUAUUGAGAGUCAUUUAAUUUAUUGUGUUGUAAAUUGAAAGUAGUCACAAAAGUCAUGUGAUGUGAAUGGAAGUUUGUGGUAAAAAUUGUCUGUUCUUUUGUAAAUAAUUCUAGUGCUGGCCACAUGACAAUAGUCUAAUGGUUUAAAAGUUGUUUCUAAUUCCUAUCAUUAAAAUAAGAAAUUAAUAUUGGAAAAUUAGUGUUUUCUUGUUACCAUGUAGCAAAUGUAAGCCUUAUAAAUGGAAAAAUGGUAUAAAAGUGUUAUGGUUGCUCUGAUCUCAUUUGUUUAUUGUCGUCUAGAAAAUAUUAAUGGUGAACCUUUUGGGUUCAAACAUUUAAAGAUACAUUAUGGGAGAUUAGAUAACGAGUUGGCAGUUCUCACUAUAAUAGUUAAAAACUACAUAAUGUAAAGGCAACUUGCUGAAAAUUUUAGUCAAAUUGAUCCACUAUGAACCGAGAACUAAGUGGAUGAAAGUUCCGCUUAGCCUCGAUCAUCAUUACUGAAGUCGAUGAGACAAAACUAAUAGUUUUGAAGGAAAGUUUUGCAGCAAAUCGGACUGUAAUCUAACAAAUAUCGCAGGCAAGCCUUGACAUCGAGAGCUGAUUAUGGUCUGGAUAAGUUAAUUAAUGUCUAAUUAAUAGUUUUUAUAACAUUUCAGGCCUAAAGAAAGACCUGCAAUAGGCCGAUUUUGCUUUUGCAUAAUGUAUGUUUAAUUAAAGAUGCAUUAUGUAAGAGAUAAAUCUGCCUAUUGCUGGUCUUUAUUUUGGCCUCAGAUGUUAUAUAAACUAUUAAUUAGACAUUAAUUCACAUGUACUCCAUUGGAUGGUUGUGAUUUUAAACGGAUUGAAAUAUAAUUUAAUUUAAUAAUGCAUAAUUGAGACUUAUCAUAACAGUAGCAAUGAAAAUAGACUACUAUUCUUCAAACGGCCAUAACUCCACUCAGAAUGAUGUAAUUUGACUGAAAUGUUCAAUAUAUUCGUUUUUAAUUAUCUAUUUUUAAGCUAUUAAAGCAAGAACUGUCAGCUCUUUAUCUAAAUCUUACAUAAUGCAUCUUUAAAAAAAAAUCUCUACUUUAUUUUGGACUGUUUAUAAUCUGAAAGUUAGGAAUGUGCUGAGUAAAUGUUUUACUGGGAUGAAGACUUGUAAAUUCAUCUAUUUGGGUUUAUCGGUAAUAAAUACACAAAAUGACAUGAGAGAGAAAUGGGGUUUAACGUCCACUCGACACAAACUAGGUCAUUUCGGGACUAACAUAUGGUUCAAUUUUUAUUUCAAUAAUUCUCUUGCGUGUAGGGGUCUUUAGCAGUGGAAGGAAACCGGAGGACCCAGAGAAAACCCACGAGGUUUGACAGGCGACCCUACUCCUUGUCACGUACAACCAGGGAUUAGAAACCACGCCAGUUGACACAAUGACAGGCCUUAAGAUACACCCCCCCC